AUGUCUCAGCUCGCAGAAUAUCUCCGUCAUCUCUUUAGCCUAUCAGGUUCUCCACCCGAUGACUCACGGGGUGCAGAGACACCAGAAACGCAAGCCGUUAACGGACCAGAUGAUUCAUAUUCCCCAGACACUUCUCCGAGUCCUCGUCUCACCGACAUCAAGUACGUCGACUAUGUCUACGAUCAAGAUUCUCACGAGUGGACGUAUGUCGACACCGAGUCAAACACCCUCGCAGAGGCCGUAAUGCCAUCCGGUCCCGCCGUUGGAUCGGGAGAUUGGCAAGGCUACUGUUUUGUAAUUGUGCGGAAUUUUCCAGCGCAGAUGAUGCCUGGGGAGGUCAUUGUGUUCAAGAUCGUGAUCAAGAGCGCACACCUCUUGCAGGCGUGCGAACACGUCCUAGGCAACAUCCCUGACGUCUCUUGGAAUUCCGAUCCCCUUGAGCUCAGCCCUGAAUUGCUGCUGACCUUCCUCCCCCAACUGGAGAAGUACGAGGCAACGCUGAGUGCAGACCCCGCUAGCGAAGACAACACCAGUACUAUAACGUCUAUCCGCACACUUGUGGCGUAUUUGAGGAAGAACUACCAAAGUACCCUCGCUCAAAUCGACAACCUCACCUCGCACGGUGAGAUCACCUUCGACCUCUUAUAUGCAAUCUUGGUCCCCCGCACGGUCGUCAUCACGCGCUGCACGGAGACCGGCGAGCCGCGGGCGCUGAAGCUGCUCUCCGCCACAUGGAGCGGUACUUGCUACACUUUGUACUGUCAAGGCGUUGAAGGCGCAUCCGCGGACGACGACAGGGGCGACAACGCAGGCGCCGCAGACGAGCUAGCCAAUGCCACUCCGUCCUUUGGGCUAUAUCAAAUCUGUCUUAACAUAGCUAAGUUCAAGGGCACCAGGCGGAUCAACACCCUUGUCGCAUUCCCCAUCGAAUACCACUCCGAUGCCGAGGCAAUCAGAGCCAGACUCGUUCGGCGCGGGCGCAAAUGGGCAGUCCUCAACGGGAUACACCACGUCGCAUACAGAGGACUUGCGACUGACGAAAUGGGCAGCAAGUACAGCGUCAACUCGCGCAUUAUGAUUGACCGAGGCAACUUCAUGCGAGUCAACCCCAAUAACCGAGUGUUUGAGCCAAACUCAGAUGUGGCCUGCGAGCAAUCCGCGCUCGAUGAGUAUCAAAAUAGAAAAGAAGGCGCGCAUAUAUCGAGCCUCAUCCCGAGCGACGACAUGCUUCUCUUAGCGACGCCCGUUCUCUACGGCUUCAGCUUGUCCGACAAGAUUUGGCUGAGAUUUAAUGUAGAGAAGAUCUCGUCGAUCGAGUGGAACAAAGAGACGUUCGAGGGACUCGUACUCCCAGCGGACCGCAAAACGCUGCUACGCUCGCUCGUCGAGGCGCACGACGCCGAUUCUGGCUUCGAUGACUUCGUGCGCGGCAAGGGUCAAGGGCUCGUCAUCAACCUUUUCGGACCCCCGGGAGUGGGCAAGACGCUCUCGGCUGAGGCGACGAGCGAGCACAUCAAGCACCCGCUGUAUGUGGUGGGGAGCGGUGAUCUGGGGACAAACCCUUCCGCCCUGGACGCCAUCCUCGGACAGGUGUUUGAUGUCGCAACGUGCUGGAAUGCUAUAGUGCUCAUCGAUGAAGCGGACGUAUUCUUGGAGCAGCGAUCGUUGCAUAAUUUGGAACGAAACGCCAUGGUUGCCGUGUUUCUGCGCCACAUCGAGUACUACCGGGGUAUCCUCUUCCUCACCACGAACCGCAUCUCCACCUUCGACGAAGCAUUCCUCUCCCGCAUACACGUUGCGCUGCACUACACAGAACUCAGUACCACGACGAAGAUCCAAAUCUGGUACUCGUUCCUCAAGAAAGCCGGUGUAGCAGAAGGACGGAUCUCGGACGAGCUCGUCGAGAAGCUCGCCGAGAGAAACGUGAACGGGCGCCAGAUCAAGAACGCGUGCCGCACGGCGACGUCGCUGGCCAGGAGCCGGGGUGUGGAGAUGCAGUACGGGCACCUGGUGGAGGCCUUGGACGCGAUGGAGGAGUUCGUCAAGCAAUUUACGGCUAUGCGACGCUGA